AUGGCUUUCCUUUCAUUUCUGUUCUGCUUUCUAUUUCAAGUCAAUAGCUUGCUAAUAGAAAGAAUCCCUUCCACGAGUACACCUCCAGUAGCGAGAUCUUUAUGUGCUAUGGAAGCUUUUCCAGAUCUUAACGUAACUAUAGUGUUUGGAGGCUACACAGAUCCUAGAAAUGCGGUUAGUGAUUUAUGAAGUUUUGACUUGGAAAGAAAAAUUUGAAGUCGACUUGCAGCUUCAAAUGAUAUUUACCCUAGUAACUUUAAUUUAGCAGCACGAUAUAAUGGAGCUUCUUUUACAAGUUCAAGUGACUUGUAUUUUUAUAUAUUUGGUGGAAUGUCAGUAUCUGGCCCUUUAAAUGACUUAUGAAGAUUUCAAGUUGAAGGCUUUUUAUGAACCCAAAUCAUCACAUCAGGGGAUAUUCCUACUCCUCGGCUCAAAUUUGGCUAUUCUGCCUUCACCCAAGACGAUAAUAUUUUAAAAUUCGCAGUGUUCGGAGGUUUGACAAUGAAAGGUGACGACAAUAAUCUUUAUUUGUAA